GUUGGGCUUAGAUAAGCGCCACGCUUAGCAUCUAGCAGAGCGUCGCGAAGCAGACCACAUUCUUAGCACCUGCUGCAGUCACCCGUCUCCUAGGAUAAGAGUCUGUUAGCUAGGGCAAGAGGAACGCUAAGAUGGCGGGACCCUUUUCGGCCGUUUCAGAACCGAAAGAGAAUGAUGGCGUCUCCGUGCAGAGACGAUGCCGUACUAAUAAAUCCACGGUCGAAACAUCAUCUGAGAGGGUUGUUGAUCCAAUAUUCAGCGCUUUGAUCACUUUUUAAUAUAAGUAGACUAGAGAGCACGUAGCAUGUCUAGAAACCCCCCAGUGCGGUUAGUUUAGUCUGACAACGGAAAUCUGUGUUCUUAGCGUGGAAGUAACCCGUUUCAUCCGAGUCAUACUUAAAACCGUACCACGUCUCGGCAGCCUUCCGCAUCCACCGCACCCACAACCCUCCUCUUACCCGAACACCCAUCUCUCACCAUGUUGUCCCAAAAUUUCAUGCUAGAGAAAGAUCCUUUGUCUCUUGAGCGGAUCCGUCAAAUUUUGGUCCGCCUUGAAGAUACCAUCAUAUUUGAUUUGAUAGAGCGGGCGCAGUUCGCUCACAACCCCCGAAUCUACAUACGUGGCUCCUUUGAGGAACUGAGGGAUAUGGAAUUUGAUGGAAGUUGGCUCGAGUGGUUCUUGAAAGAGAUUGAAACUUUCCAUGCUAGAGCUCGUAGAUAUACAAGCCCAGAUGAAUACCCUUUCACGUCCAAUCUCCCUGCCCCAGUACUGUUACCCCUGGCUUUCCCCAAAAUACUAUAUUCAAACACUAUCAAUGCAAAUCCAUCAAUUCUGUCCUUCUACACUCGUUCCAUUGUUCCGCGGAUAACAAGGCGGGCAACUCUGGCCCUAGCAGCGAUUAAGCGCUCAAAUGGGAUUAUUGGAGAUGAAGAAUACGAGGACGAUGGUAAUUACGGCAGCGCAGCUACAAUAGACGUUGAAGUUCUGCAGGCAAUUAGUAAACGCGUGCACUAUGGAAAAUUCGUUUCUGAAUCAAAAUUCAUUGCAAACCCCGCUGCCUUCAUCCCCCACAUCCUAACGCCUAACCGAGCCGCACUCGAGGCGUUGAUUACGAAACCGGAGGUAGAGCGCAAGCUGCUUCAGCGUUUACGCAAGAAAGCUGCCAUAUACGCACAAGAAUUCAGCGCCGAUGGUGACGCUAUAAUCAACUCUCAUUUGAAUGGUAGUGCAAAAAUUGAUGUUGAUGGUGUGGUGGAGUUGUACGAAAGCUAUAUCAUCCCUCUAACAAAAGAGGUCGAGGUCGAUUAUCUAUUGCACAGAUUGGAUGGGUUGUCACAGGAAGAGAUCGAUGCUCUCACUGCAUAGUAACGAAUCGCAUGGUUGGCUUUAUGAACCCAACUUACUUACGCCGAAUGACCCGCCUGCCUACCUUGAGGUACUACCAUACAUAAUCACAAUAUUCUUUGUUUUUGUUUUUCUAUCGGUUAUGUAUAUCUAGGGUUGUUGUCGCUUCCUGCCGACAUGCGUAUUUAUCUUGUGGUAUUCCACCACCUUUGGGAUUGGACAUCUGGUCGUGGGUUUUUUGUGGAUCUUAACUGGAAAUGACGAGGUGGAGAUCUGAGGUUAUUUCGAGAAGAGAAACCUGUUCAUUGGUGGAUGCCGCAGCAGCAGG